GCGGCGGGAUGUCGGCCGCGGGCGGCGUCGGCUCCUGCGGGCCGGGCGGCGCGGCCUGCGGCGGAGGGGUGGGCGGCGCGGCCUCGGCUCCGGGCGGCGGGGUGUCCAUGUUCCGCUGGCUGGAGGUGUUGGAGAAGGAGUUCGACAAGGCCUUCGUGGACGUGGACCUGCUGCUGGGCGAGAUCGACCCCGACCAGGCCGAUAUCACCUACGAGGGGCGGCAGAAGAUGACCAGCCUGAGCUCCUGCUUCGCUCAGCUCUGCCACAAGGCGCAGACCGUGUCCCAGAUCAACCACAAGCUGGAGGCACAGUUAGUUGAUCUGAAGUCUGAACUGACAGAAACCCAGGCAGAGAAAGCAGUAUUGGAAAAGGAAGUCCACGAUCAGCUUUUGCAGCUUCAUGCUGUCCAACUUCAGCUACAUGCCAAAACUGGUCAGAAUGUGGAUUCGGGGGCUAUUAAGGCAAAGCUGGAGAGAGAACUUGAAGCUAACAAGAAGGAAAAAGUCAAGGAAGCUCAGUUGGAAGCUGAGGUGAAGUUGCUGAGGAAAGAGAAUGAAGCUCUUCGUCGACACAUUGCUGUUCUUCAGGCUGAGGUUUAUGGAGCAAGAUUGGCAGCCAAGUACUUAGAUAAGGAACUAGCUGGAAGAGUUCAACAGAUUCAGUUACUGGGUCGAGAUAUGAAGGGACCUGCUCAUGACAAGCUCUGGAAUCAGCUUGAAGCAGAAAUACACCUUCACCGUCACAAAACUGUUAUUAGAGCUUGUCGAGGUAGGAAUGAUCUGAAACGACCAAUGCAAGCACCACCAGGACAUGAUCCAGAUGCCUUAAAGAAGAGUCAAGGUGUUGGUCCAAUCAGAAAAGUGUUGCUAGUUAAAGAAGACCAUGAAGGACUAGGAAUUUCAAUCACAGGUGGGAAGGAGCAUGGUGUUCCAAUACUGAUCUCUGAAAUCCAUCCUGGGCAACCUGCUGAUCGAUGUGGAGGACUACAUGUUGGGGAUGCUAUUCUGGCAGUAAAUGGAGUUAAUCUAAGAGAUGCAAAACAUAAAGAAGCUGUAACUAUCCUCUCCCAACAGAGAGGCGAGAUUGAAUUUGAAGUAGUGUAUGUUGCUCCAGAAGUUGAUUCAGAUGAUGAAAACGUAGAAUAUGAGGAUGAGAGUGGACAUCGUUAUCGUUUAUAUCUUGAUGAAUUGGAAGAAGGGGCAAAUUCAGGUUCUAAUAGGAAAGAAGUAAAUGUGGAUGUCAAACCCUCACAAGUGUUUGAUAAGAAACCAAGUAUUGAUGGACAUGAAAAUGGAGACCUGGGAAAUUCAGUUGAAGCUUCAUUAGGAGAUGCUGCACCCAAAUUAACCCGUUCUGCUGAGUCUUUAUCCUAAAGAAACAAAGAAAGAAACAAACAAAAGCAACUGGACAGAUCCCAUCUUUGGGAACAAUUGAUAAUCAAUAUUGACUGCUCCGAGUUUGCGUAUACAAAUGUAGGUUGUAAAAUGGUAAUUAAAAGUCAAAGGGAACUGUUACUGUUGCCUGGAAAAAAGGCAGUUACCUCAGGGCUUCAUUGUGAGCAUUUCUAAGUGUGGAAAACUGUCUUUUGCUUGACACACAAUGGCUAUUUAACACAUAGCAUGUGAAACUAAUUUCCUUUUAAUAAUAAGCACCAAAGCAUGGGAUUUCUAAAAAAGAUAACCUCAAUACCUUCAGCUUUUAAUUUCUCUUAUAUCCCUAAGGAAGGAAAAUAAGAUGUGACCAGCUUUAUUUUCACCCCUUGAUAUUUUAAAGGGACAACCAGUGUUCAGUUUGUUGCGAAACAAGCUUUGACUCUGGAAGGUGAGGGGGAAUUGUAUUGUUGCAUACCUGAAUUUUCCACUUGGAGUUUUUGAUUUGUAACUUCCAAAAAUAAUGUCGGUUUGUUUUGUUUUGUUUUCUCAGAAUAGCAAAACUUUCUUACUUAAGCAAGGCCAUCAAAACCCAAAUGCAACAAUGGAAUAGUUAUUAGUUAUGACCCAUGAUAAUGGGUGAGCUUUUUGAUAUUAUUAUUUUAAUUAAUUCACUGCUAAUUGUUCCAUAUGAAAAUUGUUCCGAGCAUAUUUAAACAGGGUAUUAUGCGGUUUUACAAACAGAAUUAGUUUAAAAAGACAUCCACAGUUAUAUGUGCCCUUUGGUAUUCUUUUCUGAACAUCAUCAGUUCAGUGUGCUUUCUUGAAUGGAUGUGGUUACUACCCAUGUGGAGCUGUCUGAGUUGGUCAUUAUUAGCUUGAGCUUAUGAAAUGCUGAGUACUCUCAAUAGGUACUGAACAUAUUUCAGAUCAAAGUAAUCUUUAAAGAAGUGAAAAUAAAGUGCAUAGUGCUUUAUAGGAGGUGCUCAGAAUUGUACAGUGUCUGGCCCUAUCUGUUACUUUUGGGCGAUUGUAUUAACUUGUAAUUGUCUUACUGUUGAAAGAGAAAAGAUACUGUUUUUGUAACAGCAGUGUAUCUGAAACUAGCUUUUAUUUGGUGUACAUCUAAAAGCCCAUUGCAAAUGGAAAUGUUGAGGAUGGCUUCUUGGCCAGUUUCUUGUAUAACUGCAGAUAUACAAGAACUGACCUUGUAGAUCUUUAGGUGAAAUGCAACUUUUUUCCGUACACAGACUCUCUUUGUAAUCACAUUUAUUAUUUCACCCUGCUAAGAUAGCUUUCUUAUUUACUGCUUUGCAGGCUGUUGGACUGUAAUGUGAAAAGAUUUUAUUAUGUGACAGUGGAACUAAUGUGAAAAGACAUUUUUGCAAGUGUUAAUAUGUAGGAUAUUAUGUACCUAAAAAAAAAAAAAAAACCUGGAUGGCCUUUAGAGUAACAUCAAUUAAUUUUACCUUCAAAAUUGUGAUGUAGAACACGGUUGCUUGUUUCUCCCAGGAGCACUAUAUAUAUGUUAAUAGAAAAAUCCUAAAAAUGUAUAUACUUUAUUCAAAGAUUUUUCUAUUUAUAAAUCCCUUAACUUUGCUAUUUACAAGAUUGUUUCGUGUGUGUGCUUUUAUGCAUGAGUUCCAUUCACUCAGUGGAGUUACUUGGUUCAUUUUUUGUAAUAGCCUUUCUCAUAUGGCAUACUGUUUGAAGGCUUUUAGAAUAGUCAAACUUGUACAGUUUUCACCACACAGGCGCUAGUAUUUAAAAAUGAAUCUGUGUAAAGAAGAAACAGGUCACCAGACAUAUUUCUUUUUCUGAUGCAUCAGAAAUUACAGGCACGUUGGGUACAAAUUAGCAGAUAAAUCCACUGCUAGAAAUUCACAUUCAGAUUGCUGUGGGUAUUUUUUAUUUUUAUUUUGUUUAAUUAUUAUUAUUUUUUUUCCUCACAGUUAGUAAAGUAGAAUGCACUCUGAAAUGGUCAGUGGCCUAGAACACUCUAUGCUCUCUGGUAGAGAGUGUGAUUUAAAGCUGAGUAGUAAUUUUACUGUCUUUGAAAAUCAUAGCAGUAUAAAAUUUUGCUGCAGUUGUAAGAAGUGAGGCUGGUCCAACUAAUCUAAUAGGUUUUUAAAAGCACUGAAUUUGCCUGCACAUUUUCCCUGUAUCUGAGAGGAAGUUUAAUUUUUUUUAUUUAUUUGAUCUUCCUUACUUUCUGGCAUAGCUCAUUUUCCAUUCAGCCAAUUGAUCUAUUCCAGCCUGAGGUGGGAGAGUAUUUCUGGAGUUAUUUUCCUGACAUUCCUUGUCCACCUGUUACAAUGCUGUACACUUUUCUUUAUCAUCUGGAAGUUGCUGGAUCCUUUGUCUGUUAUUUUGUCUAUUUUUAAUCUAUGUAUGAGAUCAACAGAAGGAAAAUGGCUGAGGAGAAUGACUAAGAGCAGACAAAUCAGGUAUCAGUAAAUCAUCACUGUGUUUCUUUCCCUGCAGUUUUUAUAAUCUUUGUUUAGAAAGCCCUGAAUGGGAGGAAUUUGCACAGACACUCCAGUGGCUAUACUCCAUCCUUAGUACCAGCUGAUUUAACAUCCUUGUGUGCCGUAGUCAUACUGAUAUGCUUUGAGAUUAAUAUUUAAAUUGAGAAAAGGUUUGCAAGUUGAGAUUUCCAGAUUCAGUAGACAAAUGUGUAUUUUUUCCUUUGUCAGUAACUGGAAGACUCAGUCCUGCUGAUCCGCAGAGGUUGAAAGAAAUAGACUUGGAAGAAUUUCCGAGGAAAGGCAGUAUUCAGACUUCAUUUUUAUUUUUUGAAGUGUGAAACCGUUUACUGGCAUGUAUAUAUAUAUUUUUACUUCAAGAAUAAAAUAGUAUUCUAAAGAAAACUGCAUUUUUUUUUUCUAGUAGAUAAUUCCUUGCCAAUUAAAAAAAAAAAAACAACAAACAAACUUCACUGAGACAACUGUAUUUUAAGCUAAAGGUAGACAGUGCUUGUUGGCAUCUGGGACCAAUGUUAAUUAAGAGCAUGUUAGUUAAGGAAAGUGCUAAAUGGCAAUAAAUUUAACUCUGAUCAAAGACUAUGUAGUAUUUCCUUUGUAGAAGUGUGUUUGUGGCAGUGAAGAUGGUUUGUAUCCACCUCAAUAUAUGUUAAUCGACCAUUAUAUCAAAUGAAAUCCAAGUAUUUAUUGUACGUGUCCAAAUAUCUAUAAAGUCAUUCCUAUAGGAGGUAUAACAUUUAACAACAAAUGUAUCAUAUCUAGUUAAGCUGAAUAUAUUUUUAUUAGCCUGUAAAUACUCUUCUGUACUUCAGUGAUUUCUGUAUCUAAUUCAGACUGGUAUUUCAUUUUCUUCUGUUUUUUAUAUAUAAAAUAUAGAUGCCUACUCCUGUGUGUGAUUUUUUUUUUAAAACAUGUAAUCAACACCCAGGUAAAAAGCUGAUUAUUGUGAGGAAAAACAAAACUGCAUAGUGUGAAUUUUGAUGAUAAUCUAGUCUUGGCCAGCAACGGUUGAUAGCAGAUUACAUUUUUAAAGAGAAUGUCUCAAAUAUCUUUACUUAAGAAGCAUUUCCUGCAGAAUUUUUUUCAAUAGAAGAAAAAUGGGGCAAAAUUUGCAAUGUAUUCUGGCUGUACAAUAAUACUAUAAAUAUUCCAUAGCUUAAAACUGGGGAAACUGCUUUUUUUUUUGUUUUGUUUUGUUUAUUCAGAUUAACAAUGUGCUUUUUUUUUUUUUUUUUUUUUUUAAUCUCUGACUUAUAUUUAAGUGGCCUUUUCUCCCUAGAGCAGCAAGUUCACCCAAAACUGGAUGCCAUACAGAGAGCUCAGAUAAGAGUAAUGGUAUAGUAAUUGUGGUAAGUAAUUGUUUAAUAGUGGUAGUGCUUACAGAUUUCUUGAGUGUACGUGAGUACAAUGGUUGCAGGCAUAGGAACUCUGUGAAUAGACAAGGCUGAGUCAUGUUGGAUGAAAGGAUGUUUCUAACCCUCAAUUGGUGAGGGAUAGAACUGUACUAUUUAUUUUUUACCUCUGUAAUUUUUAGAAGGGUGAUUUUUAUACAUGGGUGACAAGUAGAUGGAAAAAAUAGAGUAAGGAGAUAGAACUUACAUGUGGCUGAGGUAUAAUAAAACAGUAAGAGAAUUAAUGGUAAUCACAGAAUCAUAGAAUGGCCUGUGUUGAAAAGGAUCACAAUGAUCAUCUGCUUUCAGCCUCCCUGCUAUGUGCGGGGUCACCAACCACCAACCUCCAGGGAUGGGACAUCCACACCCUCCUUGGGCAACCUGUUGCAGUGCGCCACCACCCUCUAUGUGAAAAACUGAGAAUGAAGAUUGAAACAGAUGGUAAAAGGAGUAAAAUAACUUUCUUUAUGCCAGCUAGGAUCAAGAAGGAGUGUGCAAACUUUCGUAGUGUCCUGGUGCCCAGCUGAAUGACUUCAGACUGCUGCUUGGGCCUGUAGUCACUGAAUAGUUUCUCUGUAUUUUUUACCAGAGAUUGCUAUGUAGUAAAAGAAAAGCUCAUCCUGAUGUUGGAUUCAACUACAAAGUCAAUUUUGUCGUGCACAACCUCAGCCCAGUGACUUGAAGAGCAAAUUACUUACUUACCUGUUGUCCAGAAUGUGUCUUCUCUGAAGUGGUUUUGUUUCCAGUUCUUUUAAAACUACAUCAUUCAUGUUUUGAGUGGAUUUCAAGUAUUAAGAAGUGGAAAAGUUUGAAGGAAAAAUUCCUUCCCCCCGCCCUGAGGCAGGGCUCUUGUUGUUUCAUGUGCUUAAGAGUAGCCUUGCCUUACCUGUAUUUGCUUGUGUACUCUGCUGCAAGAGUAGCUUUGCUUUUGAUGCCCACACCUGUGGUGUGCUAGUCAUGAACUGGGCUUUGAGGCCAGAUGUCUGAAUAAGUCCAAGGAAUAUUUUUCACAAAGUCUCCCUUUGUAAUGGAAAACUUGAUUCACCUGAGUAAAUUUUUCACAUAAUUUUUUUUCUUUUUUUCUUUUUCCCCUUCAUGCAUCAGCUGUAGAUGCUAUUUGGUGCCUGUCUGAUAGCUUUCUGCCUAGUGCCUUGUGUCUUGUUUUGCACAGCUGUGCUGAAGAGAAGCAGUACAACUGCUGGUGUUCUGAAGGCUCUUUAGCAGGAUACUGCUGUCCUCACCCCCUUUGGGAUCUGUAUUAGGAAUGCAUUGGUCCCUAAAAAAUAAUCCAGGAAAGAUGGUUAAAACUGUAUGUUUUGUUGCUUUGUUUAAGGGUGGGAUUUUUUUUGUUCGUUUGUUUGCUUUUCACUUUAUACUGGAAAUUGCGAUCACAUCUCCCUCAUUCACAGGUCUUGCUGCCUUCCCUUUUUUUCAUGAUCUCUUUCUGAAAUGCAAAAGCAGUGUUCCUGAUCUUUGCUGCCUUCAUCCCGUGAAACACAGCCUGAUUUGUCUCCCCAGCAUUUACCUCCACCAGCAACAUAGCCAUCAGCUCUUCACUGAAAGGUUUUCAAUGGCUUGGGCUCAAAUAGAAGAUUAGGAAGAUAUAAAAAUAAGCAGAGCUAAAUGAGAGGCGUUAACAGACAUGUUUUGAUUAUCAAUAAGAAAAUGUCAUAAAUCAAGGAUGCUUGAUAGACAUCUGGUAACUUUUCAGUUUGGUUUUAAGUCAUCAAAUUGUUUACUACAGUCCUGUUGAUGAAAUCCCAAUUUUCCUAUUAAAUGUCUUAAUGCCUGAAUGAGUAAUGCUUCUGUAAAAUGGAGUAGAACAGAAUGACGUGAUAAUUUUAUCUAAUGGUGUUUGUUAUUGUCCAAGUAUUUAUUGUUAAUUUAUUUAGGGGAAUGGAAGCAUUAAAGUUCAGGCUGCUGGACCAGAGCAGUUCCUUGUCCUCUGUACUGGCUUUACACUUCUGGAGAUGUGUUUGCCCUGGAUGCUUUUCCUUGCAACAAGAAGUGGGAUGUUGCAGUUCACUCCCUUUGGGAUCAACCUGUGGUGAGUGCUGUAACCUUUGCUUUGCUAAGGGGCAGUUAAAGCUUUUGGGUUCUCCUGGGCUUCAUUCUGGGUUCUUCCUGGUCUACUGACAGUCACAUGAGCUGCUAGCCUUCUGAAGUUUCUGAAUUCAGAUGGGACUGCAUACUGGCUGACAAAGGUGAGAUCUCUGGAGUGAACAAGCUGGGACAUGGGAGGACAUGGGAGUUACUUCUUUCACGGUAGUAUCCCUAAGGGAAUAUUACUCAAGAACCAUUAGGCUAUGAUGUUUAUGAUGAAUUUGUUUUGUUAUUAAAUUGUAUUUUUCUUGAGAAAAAAAUGUAUUGUGAUCUUUUUCCUGUUAAAGCAAGGAAUACUAAGAUGGCUUGUGAGAUGUGCUAUAUAUCAGGCUGCUCAUUAGAUUUCAUACAUUCUUUAUCUUAGUAGCUUUAGUGUUAUAGUAAGUUAAAGUAGUCGUCUUGAGUGACCUUGUUAAGUAGUUAAGUUUAAUUUGUGCUACCUCAGCUUUAUGCUAUUUACAAAUCCAAAACUUUUCUAUUUCUUGGCGAAUCCUAUUUGUAAUCAGAAUCCUAAUUCUUUUUUAGUGCACGAUAUUUGUACUUGUAUUUAGAGCCAAAAGGGGGCAGCAGCUUCUUUCAAAUCUUCAGCAUUAACUGGACUGGGAAAGGUCCUAUUCCUUGCUGUUCACGGAUUCUUUUGUUGUUGGUGGUUUUUGUGUGUGUGCUUGUGUGUGUGUGUGUUUAAAAAAACUUUGAAAUAGAAAAACCUUGUUCUUUAAAAUUAUUUCUAGUCAUGUUUACUCUUAUAAGAACAAACAUUCAGUCUAGUUAGUGUCCUGUAACAAGUGCUUUCCUGGUGAAAUAAUGUAAACCAAACAUUGUUCUCUGUAUCUGUGCAGCAUACGUACAGGAACACAUGAACACACACACAUGAAUCAUGACUUCUUAAAGAAUUCUUUUAUUUCUCUGUCAGUUACUUUAAAAAAUGACUGUUCUCUUACACGCUCAUGGUACAAGUUUUGAUCUCCAUGGGCGGAUUAAGUGCUUCUGAAAGACUGGGCCAGAGCACUGAUAAAACACAAAAUGAGUUAUUGGGUAGGUUUGCAGACUCCCCUGCUUACAUUUUGUGAGUGUCCUUCAAUCACUCUCUACAACCGGCCUUGUGCUGUUCCUGGCAUUUUUGCUGGAACUGAGGCUGCCCAUUAUGUCCAACUGCAUUGAGAUUUGAUGAUGAGGAGUAACAAACAAACAAACAAACAAAAAAAAGUGAUGAACAUAACAUUUUGUUCUUGUCUAGUUUCACACUGAAGGCUUUUGGUCAGAAGGAAAGAGGAAGACCUUCUGUAAUCUUCUUCCUAAUGCUGUUGUUUCCAAUGUUCACCAAAUGGUGUCUGUUGUCAUUAGCCAGGUGAUCAGUGACCUUAUCAGCUGAAUGUUCUGUUGCAUAAAACAUUUGAGUCCUCGAUGCUGAUCCUCAUACAGUGAUGUGACUGUGCUAUAAUCAGAGGGGAUACGGUGUGCUAAUCUGUCAGAAGUUAACUGUAUAACUGAACUACAGAUUCUAAAGGGGCAUUUUUCUGAAUGCCAUAUGCCAGGCAUUUAUAAGAUAGUAGAAAAGUUAUGGCAGCAUUGUUACAGAAAUCAUGGGUGGUUAUGUGUUGUGAGUGUCAAAAGGGAUGAGUUCUGUCUUUUGUGACAGUGCUGUAUGUGUUUAGGUACCUAUGGAAGAGAAAUUACAUGAGCUGUCCACAACCUUUUCACAUCCAUGUAUGACUCUCAUUCUUCCACAUCACAAGAAUCCUCUAUUGAGGUCACCUUAUUCAAAUUUUAUAAAACUGUCUGUCAGAACAGAUGGUAUCACUUAAGGAUAAAAAGCUUAGCCAUAGAUGUGAAGAAAACCUGCCUCUUCAAGUAAGGCCUGCUAGCACGUCUUAGUCUUUAUCACCUAUGUCUUCUCUCCCUGCAUGACAGAAAUUUCUCACAGGUUUGUGACUUGUCAAAGGCCUUUACAUUUUUAGAUGGGUUUGACUUGUUGAAACAACUCUGGUCAAACAACAGCUUUUCUAUCUCUCUCAUCUAUGAAAUGGUUGCUUGGGCUACGGAAGUUAAGAUGUGUAAAAUACAUUUGUAAAGGCAAUGGCUUCUCUUGCAUGCUCAGGGUAACAAAUCAUUCAGACUGACAGUUCAGUAAUAGCUACCAUAACUUACUAUCUUUCUGCAGUAUGUGUUUCCCUUCCUUCAUGGCCAGUAUCACCAUCAUCUCUGCUCCCCGUCAGUCCUCAUGUAGCUCUUCGGGAGGCUUCUGAUAAGCUCCCUGAAGUAUGUCAAUCUUCGGCCACUGCUGUUUGUUUCUGUGUUGUUUGUGUUAAUUUAUUUUGGGUGUUCUUUGAAGGCUAAAUUUUGGCAUUAAUUUUUUGCUACCUUCCAAACAAUGUGUGUAUUUUUUAAAGUCUGUUAUUGUCUGUCGUUACCCGAUCUGACUGAUAGAACACGGCAGUUUUGAAUGAGGUGUUAUUUUGCAAGUUUUCUCACUCCUUUUACUGGCUCAGAUUCAUGAUAAGAAGUGUUGGAUAUUCAGUGUUAUUGUUCCUCUUCAGGUGAGGAUAUAAUGUGGAUCUUUAAGGCAGCUUUUCAAAUCAGGUCUGUUAAAAAUUUGUGUCUACCCAAAAUUAUGGAUUUCUGAGCUCAGUUCCGGAUGUUGGUCAGGACACAAGAAUCAGUAGUGUCACAUGUAUAUUUAUACAUAUAUACAGCUUGUAUAUUUUGCUACGCUGAAAAAUUAUGUUGUGCUAUACAUUUAUCAAGUUGUCUCCUUUCUGGAUUCCUCCUUCUGGUAUGACUGUAUAAGAAUAAACGGGAUGAUAAUCUCA